AUGGCGUAUAUAUUGAAACACGUAAGAAGAGGUUCACGGUUGGCUGCGUUUUAUAAAAGAGGAUACAGUUUAGAAGCUUCUUCCUUAAUAUUCUCUGAGGAAGUUCGACGUGCUAAGGCAGAAAACAAGCCAAUUGUCGCCCUUGAAUCCACUAUUAUCACACAUGGAAUGCCGUACCCGCAGAAUAUAGACACGGCUUUACAAGUUGAGAGUAUCAUUAGAGAACUGGGUGCAGUACCAGCAACAAUAGCUAUCCUUAAAGGCCAACUGACCAUUGGUCUUUCAGAAGACCAGAUACGUUACCUAGCUAAAGCAAAAGGAGUGGUAAAGGCAUCCAGGAGAGAUUUAGCUCCAAUUGCUGCAGCAAAACUAGAUGGUGCCACAACAGUUGCAGGGACAAUCAUAGCAGCUGAAUUGGCUGAUAUACCUGUGUUCGUUACUGGUGGAAUAGGUGGAGUGCAUCGGCAAGGCGAGAAUACAUUAGACAUAUCGGCAGAUUUAAACGAAUUGGGCCGUAGCAAGACCCUUGUCGUCUGCAGCGGCGUAAAGUCUAUAUUGGACAUUGGAAGAACUCUUGAAUACCUGGAAACCCAAGGAGUAUGUGUGUGCGCUUUUGGACAAUCUACCGAUUUUCCUGCGUUUUAUACUCCUAAGUCAGGUUAUCGGGCUCCACAUCGCGUGUCAGACGCUCAGCAUGCAGCAAAACUAUUACAAGCUGCUUACAACUUGCGGCUGAAUAGUGGUAUCGUAGUUGCUGUACCAAUACCGCAGGAAUUUGCUAUGAAUGAAAAAGUCAUAGAAGUGAGUAUUCAACGGGCGUUAAAAGAAGCUGCAGAAAAAGGCAUCCAGGGUAAAGAAGUAACACCGUUCUUGCUGUCUGCAGUCGCCAAAGCCACUGGAGGAGCUUCUCUUAAUGCCAACAUCGCCCUCAUAAAGAACAAUGCGAAAGUCGGCGCCAAUAUUGCCGUUGAACUUAAGAAACUGAAGAAUGUUGGGAAUUCUUUUAAUAGUAAAGUCGGAAAGGGCAGUGGGGGCAAUUCUGUACGUCAUUUUCACAGUUCAAGCAGAGCGGAUUGUGACACUGAUGACGCACCAUUGAUUGAGCCGAGUAAAAUGUGUGAUGGCGACGUAUUGGUGAUCGGUGGAGCGAACGUCGACAGAGCUUAUAGACUGAAAGAAGAACGAGUGCAGGUAGUAGUCGAAUAUUGGAAAGUCAACAAUACAUCGGUCUACGCUGAUCCACGAACACUCCACGGCGCUACGAGCUCGCUCGACUCGUAG